UGAUUAACCUCAGUGAAUUACUGAUGUACAAAAUGGAAAGGAUAAACUUUGCCAAAAAAAAAAAAUGGAAAGGAUGAAGAAAGAAUUAUAGGAAGAGACUAAAUUUACUGUAGCAGCAUAAGUCUGGGCCUAAACUAUCUGCACUCGAGCCCGAGCCCAAUGGGUUUUAAAUUUACUGUAGAAGGCUUAAGUCUGAGCCUGUCUAAGCUAGGGAUGAAGGAUAAGGCUCACCGGGCCUGGGCCUCUCCUUUAAUUUUUGAAAUUGGAAGGAGGAGAAAUUUGUAUUUUCCAUAUUUGUACCUGGACUCUGAGAGCGGAGAGCGGAGACCGGAGAGGGUAGUGAGCAGUGAAAAUGGAGUCGAAGGGAAAUGCCCCCAAGAUUAAGAAUAAGAUGAAGCGCAAAGAGAUACUUGAGAAGAAGAAGGCUAUGGAUGAACUGAUAAAGGUAGCUUCUGCGGAGAAAGACCAUCUCUCUGCCUUUCAUGCCUUUCGCCAUUACCAAAGAAACGGCUUGUCUGCAUGUCUGGAAUCAGGAAGAGGGGACAAGCUAUCAUCUUCUCUUAAGCACUACAUUCAAAAUCUCCUUAAGGCUAAUAUGGAGGGGCCAUAUGGAACCGAGUGGCCAGUGGAAGAGAAGGUGAAGCGUAGGGACAUGGUUGCAUCAGAAGCACGUUAUAUAUUUGUCUAUGAGGCUUUGGAUGCAAGUGCAAGUGAAUUGUUGACAGUGUCUGAGCAGGAGAGGACUGAAGCUGGUUGUGUGGAGGGGAGGGGAUCCAUGCUCGGGUUUGUGCAUUUUCGCUUUGUCAUAGAGGAAGAUUUGCCUGUUCUUUAUGUGUAUGAGUUACAACUUGAGCCUCGUGUACAAGGGAAAGGUCUCGGGAAGUUCCUAAUGCAACUAAUUGAGCUAAUUGCUCGCAAGAAUCACAUGGAUGCUGUUGUUCUAACUGUUCAAAAGGCAAACUUGGUAGCGAUGAAUUUCUAUACAAGUAAGCUGAGAUAUGUUAUCUCAACUAUAUCACCAUCCAAAGUUGAUCCAUGGUUAGGAACUCAGAAAAGUUAUGAAAUUCUUUGCAAAUCAUUCAGUAAUGAUGCUAAAGCUAUCUUGGAGGGCCCAUGACAUUGUGAGAAGAGACAGAAAUGAGGACCCCAAUACCAUUAGCCAACGUAUAAGUCAAUCAGGUUGACCUUCUUGGUUCUUUUAGAUUCAAAGUUGCAUCAUGUCAAACCAGGAUUUUUCUUUGAAUUACAUAAACUGUACCUAUGCAUCUAUGUAUGUAUGUAUUUCUAUCCACAUAGAUACUACACAGUACACACAAACAGACCUGAAUAGACAGCAACAUGUAAAUAUAUGCUGAUAGAUAUAAAUAAGUCCUUGUGACAAUUUGUGGUUCUCUAAGCUUUCAGAUUGAUCGGAAAUUGGUGAAGCAGAGCUGAAGACUUGGGAAUAUGGUGCCAUUAUUUGUCCCCUUGCUUGUUUAAUGAGGAAAAUAUUAGAAGCACAUUGUAUGUUUUAGAUUAAUGAAAAAAAGCGCAUUCAUAGCAAAGGAUAGUUUGUCAAACAUGAUCAGCUUUCAUUUAUCAUAGAUAUAGUAGUAAACUAUCUUUCUCGCAGUUUUUAUUUGUUGAACUUGUAUAAUUCUAGAAAUUGUUAUUUGAUAAAAUGCCUGAAAGAGUCCAUUCCGAGGCA